AUGAUGCACGUGAUGGUUCACUUGCCAGAAGAGGCAUUACUUGCUGGUCCUGUCAACUAUCGCUGGAUGUAUCCAAUAGAAAGGCUUCUCGGAGAGCUGAAAAAAAGUGUACGCAACAGGGCGAAGCCCGAAGGAUCAAUCGUAGAGGCUUGGGUUCAAUAUGAGUCGCUUACUUUCUGCGGAAUGUAUUUAAAAGAUGUGGAGACGGUUUUCAAUCGUCCUCAGCGCAAUCAUGAUGGAGAUCCUGGACGCGGAGAGUCGUUUUCUAGAAAUGACAUGGAGGUAGCGCAUUGGUUCGUACUGAACACUUGUGAUGAGAUCAUGGGAUACUUAUAUGAGCAUGAAGAGAUGAUGAAGCGAGAACAUCCAUCACAUUUGGUUGCCCAGAAACACCGUGAAUUGUUUCCACAAUGGUUUUUGGAUUCUGUGAAUAAGUUGAAAUCAUCGAAUUCCCCAACUUACAGUGAUGUGAGUUAUAUAACUUGGCGUUUGGCCCGAUUCGCGCUGAAUUGUUCUCGGGUUGUAAUGUCAACGGUGUCAAAUUUUUGGCCGAAAGCACGAGAUGACAAGUUGUGUACGCAAAACAGCGGUGUCCAUGUCCCAGGUGGAGGCGAAAGGCGGGUGACGGCUUACACCGAGUUCGGAGCCCCGGCUCAGCCGGUAUCAGCUGCCCACUGCUCCAGCACUGAUGGAGCAGGACCACGUGCUAGCUGGUCCUGGGGGAUCCCAGGCGCUGCAUCAUCAUCUUCUUCGGUGGUGCAGCCUCUUAGCGCUAGGCGGCGACACCGGCCCGCUACCACCACCGACACCACAUCGACUGACUGUACUGGUGCCUCGGGGGCACCUCCAGAGAACACCCGAGGGCCGUGUCGGCAGCUGAAGACGGCGAAGGUCACCCGGGUGACCAACAGUCGUAUCAGCAUCGGAUAUGACGAGCGCCAUCGGGCUGCACCGACGGCGGACUUGCAUAGCUCCUUGGCCCACGACAUUGGCCACGUCGUUCGGACCCAUUGCCCGAUGCAAUGGAAGUCUUGGAAGGUCAUGCCUGACGAGAUCAAGAUGCAAGUUCGCGGCCAGUUGUCGACGAACUACGACUUAGAGGACAUCAACGAGGAGACCUUGGCGUACGUCAACAGACUCUUCGGUGAGAGGUACAAGCAGUGGAAGAGCGACUUGCACCACCAUUUCAGGCGUUUGAUGAUCCGCAAGUCGCUCUUCAGGAGGGUUGCCCGAAGGAGCUUGAGGGGCGGGAGGAUAGUUGGGCGUGGCUCUGCGCUCAUUUUCAGGCGCCCGAUUAUGUGGGCAAUAGGAAGAAGAAGACUCUUCUUCACCAUUCCGGCUCCAGGCCCUUCUCAUAUAGGAUGGAUGCACGGCGUCGGGGGGGGUCGAAAUUCCCAGAGAUCGACGUCUUUGGUGACGUUUAUGUUCGACCUGGGAAUGAGUUGGCCGAGUCCCUUCAUACGACGAUGGUGGAGAGGAGCCAGUUGGUUCUUCAAGAGUCCGCCUCCCCAACUUCCUCCCGAGACUCCGAUCGAGUCUGUGGAUCCUCCGCAUGAUGCUGGAUUUCAGAUUUUGACGCAGACGUUGGAUCAGACUCUCGGGAGGAGGCCGGGAACGUAUUGUAGGGGGAUGGGGAAUGCCCGACAGAGGGAACCUCGACCGCGGUCAUCGUCGCAGGCAAACAGUCAGGUGACUGUUUUGACAUCGCGGGUUGCCGAGCUUGAGGGUCAGAUGUCGGUGAUUCUGCAGUCCCUCGCGCGGUCCGGCAUUCCAAUCCCGAAUUUUGGUGCGUCGACCUCCGAGCCCGUCCACCCCGAGCAUCCCCAGCACACCACGGCCCCUGCAGACGCCCAUACCUCCGAGCCGCAUGUGGCAGAUGACCAAGUAGAUUUUGGAACAUUAUUUGAUUAG